GAACCCUUCGCCCUUCUCCAUGAAACUAGAACGACAACCUUAUAUCUUGAUUUUUUGAUUUUAAGAUUUUUCAUUCUUUUGCUAUAUAUUAUUUUUCAUAUGCUCUCCACCGGCUGAGAUUCUUUUGUUUGAUUCUCUUUUUCAAAAGUUUUGAUUUAGUCCUUCUUUUGUUUUGAUUCCUUGCGUCCAAAUUUUGUUUCCUUCAUAAUUACUUAUAAUUUCUUGAUCUGAAUCUCGGUCUAGUAACCUGUAUGAAACCUUGAUAUAGAUAUCUGCACUUUUGAUCGCUACGGUGAAUUUUGAUGGAGUUGGCAUGAAGAAGAUUAAUUGCGGGAUGGACUCAUCAAUGAAAAUUACGGAUUUGGCUACUCCACCGAGGUCUCCUGCACCUGUAAGAAGUAGUCUUAGACUUUCUCAUGGCUUGGUAAAGUUGACAUCAACACCAGUGAGAACAGGAUUGGAUGCUGCAACCUGGCUCCAAACUGUGAUUUCUCCACUUCCUGCAAAGCCAUCAGCAGAAUUGGAGAAAUUUCUUCAAUUGGGUAAUGGCAGUAUACUCAAUCAGGUGGUAAAUAGAGCAAAUAUAAUACUAGAGGCCUUGUUUCCCAGUAGACAAAAGAUUGUUAAUUGGAGCCUGUUGCAUGUCAAUUUGAUGGACAAUUUAUGGACGGGAGAGGAAACUAAAGAAGCCAUGAAAUUGUACUAUAAGGUUUUGGAAUCCAUCUGUAAUUCAGAGGCUAAAAAAUUGAGUGGAGGAGGAGAUUUGAGUGGUUUGUUGACUAAUGAAAAGUUCCACAGAUGCAUGCUUGCUUGUGCAGCUGAGCUAAUAUCUGCAGUGCAUAUUAAAGUUGGUGUAGUGUUGACAGUGGCGAUGCAGAGAACUGGGAUUACAGCAUUUGAUAUGAGCAAAGUGAUAGAGAGUUUCAUCAAACAUGAAGAUUCACUCCCCAGAGAAUUGAAGCGGCACUUGAAUUCUUUGGAAGAGAAAUUGUUAGAAAGCAUUAUGUGGGAAAAGGGCUCUUCUCUUUACAGUGCUCUGAUUGUUGCAAAACCAUCUCUUUCUGAUGAAAUAAAGAGGCUUAAUCUGCUAGCUGAACCUAUGCCAUCACUGGAUGAAAUUGCUAUGAAUAAUCAUGUGGCUUCUGGAGUUUUCCUUCACCAACAACUCCUGAAGUUUUCAGGAGCAAAGAGAACCUGUGAUGAGUAUGGCAACAAGCUGGUAAAAUAUAAUUCUUCUGCUUCAGCAACCCCACCAUUGUCAUCACCAUCUCUGCAAACAGCAUUUGUCAGCCCUACACAAUCAAAUUCACCAAAUAAAGGAAGUACCCACAUGGAUGCAGCAAUCACUCUGAUAUUUAACAAGAUGUGCAAGCUAGCUGCUGUCAAAAUCAAUUCUAUGGCUGAAAGGCUGAAACUUCUACCACAACUACGGGAGAAAAUCUAUUUGCUUUUCCAACAGAUACUUACUCAAAAAGUAUCUCUCUUUUUUAACCGGCGUAUUGAGCAGAUAAUUCUUUGUUGCUUCUAUUUAGUAGUAAGAAAGUUUUCUCCAUUACAGCUAACCUUCCAAGAAAUCGCCCAAAAUUAUGUCAAGGAAACCCAAUGCAGAUCUCAAGAUUUUUGUUGGGUGUUUGUUAGUUGGUCAUCUCACUGCAACAGGAAAGAUGGGGAGAAUCGCGUGAGUAUAAUUAAAUUUUACAAUGAAAUAUUUCUUCCGAAUGUUAAAUAUUUACUGGAGGAGAUUGGAUCCAAGCAAGUUCCUGAUUCUGACAAUGAUCUUUCUCCACGGCCGUCUCUAUUUCCAAGGGUUCCUGAUAUCUCUCCAAAGAAGGUGUCUCCAAUGCUGAAUGUAUAUAGCUCCCCUUUGCAUCCAUCAAAGAAGGAAGCAUUGAACUCACAUGUUGGGAAAAGCUAUUACGCAUUCAUUGGACAGAGUAGUAGUGAAUACCAAAGCCCAUCGAAAGAACUUGAUGCCAUUAACGAGAGCUUAAAUAGGACGAGCGGGAAUGCUACAAGGCGUAUGCUCAACUUCAGUGAUCCUUACGUGACUUUGAUAAGCGACGCUGUUGUGGCCAGGAGUCUGUUCCCUCAAAAUGAUAAUCCUAGCUGAAGUACAAUCAGCUUAAAUUUCUCUUUAAAUUGAUUUUAUUUUCACAAUAUUUUUCUGGUCUACCUUAUGAGUGGAGAAAGUGGUGAACAGCAUAGGAGCAGAAUUGAAGUGCCAAGGGAAG